GAAUGAGGACUCGCAGAGGUCCGUUCUUUGAUAAGCCACAGGUUAAUAACUUGGUCGAUCAGUCUUGUUUGCGAAGUUGAGGAUUCUGAUAGUGCAUAAUGAUUUUGGUUUUUUGUAUAGUUCUUGGUUUAGUGCAGUGGGGCUAUGUGGAAGCUGCAUGUGACGUUGUAACGAAGAAGCAAUGGGACGGCCUGAAACCACUUCACGUGGAGUACCUGCCGCGUCCAGUGAAUAUAGUCAUCAUAGAGCACACGGCAACCCCUGGCUGCAGCACUGACGCCGGCUGCGAGGAACUGGUCCGCAAUAUCCAGAACAAUCAAAUGGAACAGCUGAACUUCUGGGACAUUGGGAUGUCGUUCCUGGUAGGCGGCAACGGUAAAGUGUAUGAAGGCAGCGGUUGGUUACGCGUGGGUGCUCACACCUACGGAUAUAAUAGGAGAUCUAUCGGUAUAUCGUUCAUUGGGAAUUAUAACACUGACGAACCAACGGCCGAUCAGCUGGAAGCAGUGAGGAAACUCAUACAGUGCGGCGUGGACAAAGGUCACCUGACAUCUGACUAUCACCUGCUGGCACACAGACAACUGAUCAGCACGGAGAGUCCUGGAAGGAAACUGUACAGAGAGAUAAGAACUUGGCCUCACUACUUGGAAAAUGCAACUUCUAUCAUGAAUAAUAGCUAAAUUCUAGAUUAUACAA